CCCACUCCAGCAUUGUGAUCUCCCAAAAAAGUCAACCACGGAAAGAAGCAGAGCAUCUCGCCAUGGCGGCCGCGGCCAGGGCCUUCGCCGUGCACGUGCUGCGCGGGAGGUGGUUCAUGGCGUACGGCUCCUUCCUCAUCAUGUCCGCGGCGGGGGCGACGUACAUCUUCGCCGUCUACUCCAAGGACAUCAAGGCCACGCUCGGCUACACACAGGAGCAGCUCAACACCGUCGGCUUCUUCAAGGACGUCGGCGCCAACGUCGGCAUCCACGCCGGCCUCAUCGCCGAGGUCGCCCCGCCAUGGCUCGUCCUCGCCAUCGGCGCCGCAAUGAACCUGGGGGGAUACCUCAUGCUCUACCUCUCCGUCGCCGGCGUCGUCCGCGCCAGGCCGCCGCUCUGGCUCGUCUGCCUCUACAUCGCCGUCGGCGCCAACUCGCAGGCCUUCGCCAACACCGGCGCGCUGGUCACCUGCGUCAAGAACUUCCCCGAGAGCCGCGGCGUCAUACUCGGUUUGCUCAAGGGCUUCGUCGGCCUCAGCUGCGCCAUCUUCACCCAGCUCUACCUCGCCUUCUACGGCGGUGGCGGAGGCGACACCAGGCCACUCAUACUUCUCGUGGGCUGGCUCCCCGCCGCCGUCUCCGUGGUGUUCCUCGGCACGAUUCGGAUCAUUAGCUCGCCGCGCUCCCCAGCCGCGGCGCGCCGCGAGUACCGCGCGUUCUGCGGCUUUCUAUACGUGUCGCUCGCGCUCGCCGCUUACCUCAUGGUCCUCAUCAUCUUGCAGAAGAGGUUCUUGUUCACCCGAGCAGAGUUUGGCGUCAGCGCCGCCGUCGUACUCGCAAUGCUCCUCGUCCCAUUCACCGUGGUCCUGCGCGAGGAGGCCGCACUGUUCAAGAACACGCUGGAAGCGCAGUCCGUGGUGCCCGUGCCCACCAAACCGCGGACGCCGGUACAAGAGCCAGCGUCCGUUGCGGAGAGGCCAGCGGCCACACUGAUGUCGAGGGUGGUGCGUGCUCUGAGGCCGCCACCGCUUGGCGACGACUACACGAUCCUUCAGGCGCUGGUGAGCGUGGACAUGCUGCUGCUGUUCACGGCGACGGUGUUCGGCAUAGGCGGCACACUCACGGCCAUCGACAACAUGGGCCAGAUCGGCGAGUCGCUGGGCUACCCGCAGCGCAGCAUCGCCACCUUCGUCUCCCUCAUCAGCAUCUGGAACUACCUCGGCCGGGUCGCCUCCGGCUUCGCGUCGGAGGCGCUCCUCGCGCGGUACCGCCUCCCGCGCCCGCUCGUCCUCGCCGUCGUCCUGCUCCUCACCGUUCCGGGGCACCUCCUCAUAUCGUUCGGCGUGCCGGGCUCCCUGUACGUGGCGUCGGUGAUCAUCGGGUUCUGCUUCGGCGCGGCGCAGCCGCUGAUCCUGGCGAGCGUGUCGGAGCUGUUCGGCCUCAGGUACUACUCCACGCUCUACAACCUGUGCGGCACGGCGAGCCCCGUGGGGUCGUACGUCCUCAACGUGCGCGUCGCCGGGCGCAUGUACGACCGCGAGGCCGCGCGGCAGGGUGGCGGACACGCCGUGGCCUCGGCGGCCGGGAAGAGGCUCGUGACCUGCAUCGGCGUCCGGUGCUACAAGGAGUCGUUCUUGGUCAUAACGGCAGUGACUGUGGCCGCCGCGGCGGUGACGCUGGUGCUGGCGUGGAGGACUCGGGGAUUCUACGCGGGGGACGUGUACGCGCGGUUUAAGGAGGAGGAGGAGGAGGAGGCGGUGGUGGCUGGGCAAAGCAGAAAUGGCGUCGCCGCGUCGGAGAUGUCCAGUUAGAAGUGAAAGGGAGUUGCGCUGAACAUGGACCUAAGGUCUAACACAACACACGCGAUUACAGUGGUGAGGUGGACGAACAUAAUGUUAGAAAAUUAUUUUACAUGAUUAAUUCAUACACUCCAUGCCCUACGCUUAUAAGCUCCUUCGAGAGACUGAGCCGGCAUAUCAUCUUGUGAUUUAUAAAGUCAUCGUAGAUGUCUCGUCGUCGACAAGAACGUCUCCUCUCCUCCUAGUAAAAUUAUAUCGCCGAAAAUCCUGAAAUAAAUUUAGGAAUAAUGCGAGCACCAUGACUUGAGCCCUGAUGAGCCAGGGAUAUCACUGUUCCUAAAAUAUACUAAAUCAUGAUAAAAGCAACCACUAGCAUGCUUAUGUCGAACAUAUUGAAAACACUAAAUAGCAUGAACAACAACAUCAAUUGCCUAACCCUAAGCGACACGAGCGACGUCCACCUCCGUGCCGCCUCGGGCACCCCACCUCUGGUUUCUCCUCCUGUUGCCGCUAGCAGCCACCUCCUAGCGAAGCUCGUGUUGUGCGGGUGGUGGCGGGGUCUCCCUCCUUCGAACGAGUGUCCUUGCAACUCCCAACCCAACGUUGUGGUGCCCGUGCGGUUGGCGGCGAGGGGCGGCGUGACCCCUGGUCCAGCGGGCGUCGGCCUCGCGCGAUGGCGCGCGUCCCCUUGCAUCGCAGAUCCGCGGUAGUGGCGUCCCGGUGUCUCCUCUGGCCGUGUCCUACGACGGAUCCCGUGGCGGCCU